AUGUAUGCAAUCCUGGCCACAGGGAUUACAGCUCGGCACUGUCGGAGGCUUGGCCAGAUCAUGGCCCGAGCGACAGAGGCAUGCAGGGCUCCCUUCGUGGAAGCAUUCUGCUACGGAACGCGCGAUGAUGAGUGGGUGGUCGCACAUUGUGGGCCCAUCAAAGUUCAUCUUUUCACGCGUGAGACUCGCGAACAGUACAAGUUGGAGCUGCUCUACAGGAAUCCAGAGGAGUUCUUUCAGCCGGGAGACUUCCCUCAUUACGUGGAGGUCUAUGGUACUGCGACGGAGGCCAUGCUGUUGAACGGUGGUCAGCACAUCACGAACUCUUUGGGUUCACGCAGCCGGUCCCAGAUUCCUGCACCUUAUCGGGAUUUCAUCUUUGGAGACGUUAUGAAGCCUGACUAUGAGGCUGCCGAGGACACGAAGUACGUGACCCCUCCGGGCAGUACCGUAGACGUUAGCGCCACCGUUUCCUCCCCAGCAGACAGCUGGCCUUCUUCUGAGGAGUGGGAGUUGAAAGACACCAAGGAUUUCAAGCUGCAGGAACCUUGGCCUGACCCUGAUCCUGAUCAUGGCUGGCACCCGCCAGCUGGAGUCGAAGCAGACACCGACAGCGAAGAUGAAGAUGCGGAAAGGCAUGCCAAAGCUCCUCUCAGGCGUCUCUGA